AGGAGUAUCAGGAGAUGCUUCCCAGCUACGAUUUCCAGCCGAUUCGCCCCGUCGUCGGUGCUUCUUCGCCGUCGCGGAGUUUAGAUGCUGCGCCCAAUCUCGGAGGAGGAGGAGCGACUAGGGCUUGGAACUCCGGCGAGUCCAAGUCGAAAACUGCAUCUCCAAUCAGGAAUUAUGGUUCAAUGGAUUCCCUGGAACCUGGAAAACUUAUUUUAGAGAAGGAACACAAUGCCGCAAUUGUGUCAGAGAUUGACCAGACCAUGAAGAAGCAUACUGAUAAUUUGCUACAUGUGUUGGAAGGUGUUAGUGCACGACUAACACAACUAGAGAGCAGAACCCGCAAUCUUGAGAAUUCUGUCGAUGAUUUGAAGAUAUCUGUUGGAAACAAUCAUGGGAAUGCUGAUGGAAAGAUGCGACAGUUGGAGGGUAUUCUUAGAGAUGUGCAAACAGGUGUUAAGGAUAUGAAGGAUAAGCAAGAAAUAGUAGAGGCUCAACUGAAUCUUGCAAGGAUACAAUUAUCCAAUGCCAAGGUAGACCCUCAACCGGAACCUCAGAAUGCUGGACAUGUGGAUUCUGGGCAGACAGCCGCCUCUACUCCUCAACAUUCUCACCAACAAAUUCAUCCCCCCGUGAACCUUCCUCCCUCACUUCCUGCUGUCUCUCAUCCAAAUGCUCCUCCCCAACCUAUGCCCCAAAGUGUACCACAUACAGUUCAACAUCCAAAUCAGUUCUCUCAGAACCAGAUCCCUCCCGUUCCUCAGCGAGACCCUUAUUUCCCAGCCCCUGGUCAAACUCAAGAAGCUCCAAAUCAGCAAUACCAAUUACCUCCAGGCCAGCAGCCAGUUCCGCCUCCUCCAGUGCCACCACAUCAACAAUUUCAACCUACCACUCAACCACAGUAUUCCCAGCCACCACCUCAGCUGCCUCAACAGCACCCUUCGCUUGCCCCUGUUAAUCCCUCUCAGAUCCAGCCUACACUAGGCCACCACCCUGAAGAGUCGCCUUAUAUUCCUUCCCAGAACUACCCACCUGGUCUUCGGCAGCCACCUUCUCAUACGCCCAGCAGUCUUCCCCCACCCCAACAGUAUUACAGUCCAGCUGCAAAUGUAUAUGAGCCACCUUCUAGCAGACCCAGUUCAGGGUAUCCUUCCGGGUAUAACCCUCCAUCUGGGCUUGGUGAAUCGUACCAAUACAGUGGACCACCUUCUCAAUAUGGCGGCAGCUCUUCAAUGAAACCCCAACAUCACUCUUCUGCUACUACAGCUCAAAGUGGAGGCAGUGGUUACCCACAGCUCCCAACUGCUAGGGUGCUACCACAUGCCAAUCCUACUCCAUCUGGGCCGGGUGGCAGUUCACCUUCAUCCGGUAGUGGAAGCAGAGCACCCAUUGAUGAUGUGAUUGACCAAGUGGCAACUAUGGGCUUCUCCAGAGACCAAGUCAGGGCUGCAGUUCGGAAGCUGACAGACAGCGGCCAGUCAGUUGACCUCAAUGUGGUGCUAGAUAAGUUGAUGAAUGACGGGGAUGUUCAACCGCCCCGGGGUUGGUAUGGCCGAUAGUAUGGUGUGGGUUUCGGACUGAAUGUACAUGAAGUAUCACUUGUUUCUAGAUCAUCUAUCGCUUGGAACUUAGGAGAUUACACCCCUUUAUGUGCUUUGCUUUUUCUCUUGUAUUUCAUUUCUCUUGCUCGAUCUCUCUACCUAUCAUUUGUGUAUUUACUCGUAAUAAGUGGAAGUGGUAUGUUGUGUUAUACCACUUCUUUACUCAUUGUACAUUUUCUUUUUUGUAAUUUUUAUCUUACUUGACAAUUGGUAUGUGGAACUAUUCUAAUAUAUUAGACGGGGUCGAACUUGAUUGGAACGAA